ACUGUAUAUACAAUCUGGGUCAGCUGCAGCUGGUUACUGCAUUUCUCCAUGUGGCAGACAGAGCAAAGCCACAACGCUUUCUCUGCCGGAUUAAAGACGGCCCACAGACCAGAACUUCUACUAUACUACUUAAAAUUACACAGGUGGCUUGUCAAAUUCAAUUGAUUAGUAUUGUAAAAGGAAAAAGAAGUUCCUUCUUACAGCUUGGAUUCAACGGUUCAAAACAAAAAUGCAGCUGCCAUUAAAGUCACAGAUGAACAAACUUCACUGAUUUUUAAAAUCAAGAAUAAGGGCAGCAAGUUUCUGGAUUCACUGUAUCAACAGAUACAAAAAGCUGGCAAUAUAGCAACUAUGAAGAGAAAUGCUACUAAUAAAAUUAACCCAAUGCAUAGAAGACUUUUUUUCUCUUCUAAAAACAACUAAGUAAAGACUUAGAUUUAAACACAUCAUUUUACAACCUCAUUUCAAAAUGAAGGCUUUUACCUGGACCCUAGGUGUGCUAUUCUUCCUACUAGUGGACGCUGGACAUUGUAGAGGUGGACAAUUCAAAAUUAAAAAAAUAAACCAGAGAAGAUACCCUCGUGCCACAGAUGGUAAAGAGGAAGCAAAGAAAUGUGCAUACACAUUCCUGGUACCUGAACAAAGAAUAACAGGGCCAAUCUGUGUCAACACCAAAGGGCAAGAUGCAAGUACCAUUAAAGACAUGAUCACCAGGAUGGACCUUGAAAACCUGAAGGAUGUGCUCUCCAGGCAGAAGCGGCAGAUAGAUGUUCUGCAACUGGUGGUGGAUGUAGAUGGAAACAUUGUGAAUGAGGUAAAGCUGCUGAGAAAGGAAAGCCGUAACAUGAACUCUCGUGUUACUCAACUCUACAUGCAACUAUUACAUGAGAUUAUCCGUAAGAGGGAUAAUUCACUUGAACUUUCCCAAUUGGAAAACAAAAUCCUCAAUGUCACCACAGAAAUGUUGAAGAUGGCAACAAGGUACAAGGAACUAGAGGUGAAAUAUGCUUCCUUGACUGAUCUUGUCAAUAACCAAUCUGUGAUGAUCACUUUGUUGGAAGAACAGUGCUUGAGGAUAUUUUCCCGACAAGACACCCAUGUGUCUCCCCCACUUGUCCAGGUGGUGCCACAACAUAUUCCUAACAGCCAUCAGUAUACUCCUGGUCUGCUGGGAGGUAACGAGAUUCAGAGGGAUCCAGGUUAUCCCAGAGAUUUAAUGCCACCACCUGAUCUGGCAACUUCUCCCACCAAAAGCCCUUUCAAGAUACCACCAGUAACUUUCAUCAACGAAGGACCAUUCAAAGACUGUCAGCAAGCAAAAGAAGCUGGGCAUUCGGUCAGUGGGAUUUAUAUGAUUAAACCUGAAAACAGCAAUGGACCAAUGCAGUUAUGGUGUGAAAACAGUUUGGAUCCUGGGGGUUGGACUGUUAUUCAGAAAAGAACAGAUGGCUCUGUCAACUUCUUCAGAAAUUGGGAAAAUUAUAAGAAAGGGUUUGGAAACAUCGACGGAGAAUAUUGGCUUGGACUGGAAAAUAUCUAUAUGCUUAGCAAUCAAGAUAAUUACAAGUUACUGAUUGAAUUAGAAGACUGGAGUGAUAAAAAAGUCUAUGCAGAAUACAGCAGCUUUCGUCUGGAACCCGAAAGUGAAUUCUACAGACUGCGCCUGGGAACUUACCAGGGAAAUGCAGGGGAUUCUAUGAUGUGGCAUAAUGGUAAACAAUUCACCACACUGGACAGAGAUAAAGAUAUGUAUGCAGGAAACUGCGCCCACUUUCAUAAAGGAGGCUGGUGGUACAAUGCCUGUGCACAUUCUAACCUAAAUGGAGUAUGGUACAGAGGAGGCCAUUACAGAAGCAAGCACCAAGAUGGAAUUUUCUGGGCCGAAUACAGAGGCGGGUCAUACUCCUUAAGAGCAGUUCAGAUGAUGAUCAAACCUAUUGACUGAAGAGAGACACUCGCCAAUUUAAAUGACACAGAACUUUGUACUUUUCAGUUCUUAAAAAUGUAAAUGUUACAUGUGUAUUACCUGGCACAAUUUAUUUCUACACAUAAAGUUUUUUAAAUGAAUUUUACCUUAACUAUAGAAGGGGAAUCUAUAAAUGUAGUUUCAUCUGUUGUCAAUUACUGCAGAAAAUUAUGUGUAUCCACGUCCUAAUUAUUUUAAAAAUUAUGUUGACUAAAUACAAAGUUUGUUUCCUAAAAUGUAAAUAUUUGCAAAUCUUAGCUAUAUUUUAAAUCAUAACUAAAUAACAUGUUCAAGAUACUUAACAAUUUAUUUAAAAUCUAAGAUUGCUCUAACUUCUAGUGAAAAAAAUAUUUUUAAAAUUUCAGCCAAAUAAUGCAUUUUAUUUAUAAAAAUAUAGACAGAAAAUUAGGGAGAAACCUCUAGUUUUGCCAAUAGAAAAUACUUCUUCCAUUGAAUAAAAGCUAUUUCAAACUGAAUUUGUGCCUUUCACAUGGAAUGAUUAUAUCUGAAUUCUUAACAACAUAUCCUAUGUUGAUUUUCCCAAAACAACAUGACCUAUAGUAUUAAAUACAUAUCGUUUUUAAAAAUAAAAAAUCCCCACAAAUUAUGCAUGCAUUAUUUAAAUGAUCAAUUUAUAAAGACAAAUCUAUGAAUGAAUUUGUUUUCUCAUAUUUCUUCAUAUGAUAUGCUGAACGCCAAAAUCUCCAGAAAUGCAUUUUACGUAGUUUUAGAAUCAGUAAAAUAUUAGUAUUACAAAAAUGCAGAAUAUUUAGUGUGCUACAGAUCUGAAUUAUAAUUCUAAUUUAUUACUACUUUUUUUCUAAUUUACUGAUCUUACUAUUAUAAAGAAAACAAACCCCAACCUAUCUGCAAUUCAAAUCAGAAAGUUUGGACAGCUUUCCAAGUAUUAGUGCAUACUUUGAACAGGUGCGACUAAAAUUCAAGGAACUGUUGGCUGUUUUCCCAAUACUGAGAAUUCAACAGCUCCAGAGCAGAAACCACAGGGGCACAGCUAGUCCAAACUGCUAAUUUCAUUUUACAGUGUGUAUAAUGCUUAGUCUCACAGUGUCUUUGCAAACAACAACUUUACUAGUGACUUUCUGGAACAAUUUCCUUCCAGAAACAUAUAUUCACUGACCUUCCCUUAAUUUAUUUGUGAAGUUAAAAUUUUAAAGAUAGCUCAUGAAACUUUUGCUUAAGCAAAAAGAAAAUCUUGAAUUGAAAUAUGUGAGGCAAACUAUGCAUGGGAAUGGUUUAAUGUGAAGAUAAUCAUUUGGACAACUCAAGUCCAUCAACAUGAUCAAUGUUUUUCAUCUACCACAUCUCAAAAUAAAACUUCUGGUGAAACAAAUUAAACAAAAUAUCCAAACCU